GCUACAAACAAAAUUGACGUCUCAACGUCACAUCUGUUUCUCCCCCUCUUCAUCAGCAAAAUCUAAAACCUACUUCGCUCAAAGAUCGUCUAUUUGUUUAUUUUAAUGUUUGUUCGAAUAAAAUCAUAGUAAUUCAGCCAUUUUGAUUAUGUAAUCGCGUUUCUUUCUGUUUCAGCUUUUACCAUUGGAAUUAUCCACAAAUGUCAAUGAUUCUGUUUCCUAAUUCUCAUUUUCUACCUUCUUUGAGAUCCUGAAUUAUGUUGUUCAAGGAUUCAACAAUGGCUAAACACCCAUUCUCACCCUUUCGAAUCCAAUGUCUUUCCCUGGUUUCAAUCUUGUUUUCCGCUGUUUUCCCGCCUUGUCUACCACUCACCAGUGAAACCCAAGCUCUUCUGGACUUCAAAAGCAUGCUGAGAGACCCUUUAAACGUUUUAGAUUCCUGGAAAGAAUCAGAAUCCACGUGCAAAUUCUAUGGAGUCAACUGUGAUCCAGUUUCAGGCAGUGUCACUGCAAUUUCACUUGCGAACAAAUCCCUGUCCGGCGAAAUUUCACCUUCCAUUUCAACGCUCAACAGUCUUAGAACCCUUUAUUUGCCUCAAAAUUUCAUUUCCGGGAAACUCCCUCCUGAGUUAAACAAUUGUUCCAGCCUCAGGGUUUUGAAUAUUUCCUGGAAUGCAAUGAUCGGAACCAUACCAGACCUUUCUGGGCUUCAAAACUUGAAGGUUCUCGAUUUGUCAGUCAACUUCUUUUCAGGCAGGUUUCCAAGUUGGGUCGGGAACUUAACUGGUCUGGUUUAUCUUGGUUUGGCUGGUAACCAUUACGAUGAAGGUGAGGUUCCGGAGAGCAUUGGGAAUUUGAAGAACUUGACGUGGCUAUUUCUAGCUAAGUCCAACCGAAGAGGACAAAUUUCAGAGUCCAUCUUUGAGUUGAAUGCUUUACAGACAUUAGAUAUUUCAAGGAACAAGAUUUCUGGGGAUUUUCCAAGUUCCAUUUCCAAAUUGAAAAACCUUACCAAGAUUGAGCUGUUCUUCAACAAUUUUACUGGUGAGUUGCCAUCAGGGAUUGCUGAUCUUUCUCUGCUACGGGAAAUCGAUAUCUCGUCGAAUCAGAUGCAUGGGACAUUGCCCGAAGGGAUUGGAAAUCUGAAGAAUUUGGUGGUCUUUCAAUGUUAUAACAACAACUUUUCUGGAGAAAUCCCUGCAGGGUUUGGUGAUAUGCGUCAUCUCAUAGGCUUCUCUGUUUAUAGAAAUAACUUUUCCGGGAUGUUUCCUGCGAAUUUCGGACGAUUUUCACCGUUGGACAGCAUCGACAUAUCGGAGAAUCGAUUUUCAGGUGAAUUUCCCAGGUCCCUGUGUGGAAACAGGAAACUAAGGCUGUUGUUGGCACUUGACAACAACUUUUCCGGCGAGUUUCCGGAUUCGUAUGUUGAAUGCAAAUCAUUGGAGAGGUUGAGGGUCAAUAAGAAUCAUCUUUCCGGGAAAAUUCCUGAUGGAGUUUGGGCACUUCCAAAGGUAACCAUGAUUGAUUUUGGUGAUAAUGAGUUUAGUGGAGGGAUAUCCCCCAUGAUUGCAUUUUCCAUCAGCUUAAAUCAAUUGGUUUUGAAGAACAAUAGAUUUUCAAGUAAUCUUCCAUCAGAGCUUGGCAAGUUGGCUAACUUAGAGAGGCUUCUUUUGAAUAAUAAUAGCUUUUCUGGCAAUCUACCUGCUGAAAUUGGUGCUUUGAAGCUGUUAUCUUCCUUGCAUCUUGAGGAAAACUCAUUAACGGGAUCGAUACCGGAUGAAAUCGGUAAUUGUUUUAGGUUGGUGGACUUGAAUCUUGCUGAUAAUGAAUUCAGUGGAGAUAUCCCAUCAACAAUUUCAUUGAUGACCUCUUUGAACUCAUUUAAUCUUUCUGGAAACAAGCUCACCGGUCCGAUUUCAAAGAAUCUGGAAAUUUUGAGGCUAAGUUCUAUUGAUUUGUCCGAUAAUCAAUUGUCUGGAAAUGUUCCUUCUGAUCUUUUGACUAUAGGUGGAGAUGAAGCAUUUCUUGGGAAUAAGGGACUUUGUAUCGAUCGAUAUUCGAAAACAGUUAUGAACCGUACCGUAUUGAAUGUCUGCAACGAAGGGCAGGGCCAUAAGAGGGUGUUGGGGGGCAAAUUGUUUGUGUUUGUUAUCAUGGCAGUUGCUUUGCUUCUUGUUCUAGCUGGCCUACUGUUUGUGAGUUACAAGAACUUCAAGCUUAGAGAAUCCAACAUUGAAAAGGGUUUGGAAGGCAAGAAGGGAGUGAAUUUGAAAUGGAAACUUGCAUCUUUUCAUCACAUGGAUAUCGAUCCGGACGAAAUAUGUAAUCUGGAGGAAGAAAAUCUGAUCGGAAGUGGUGGUACUGGACGAGUUUAUCGGCUCGAUUUGAAGAAAAAGGGAAGCGUCGUCGCUGUAAAAGAACUAUGGAAGGGGGAUGGUAUGAAAGUUUUGGCCGCUGAAAUGGACAUCUUGGGACAGAUCAGGCAUAGAAACAUACUUAAACUCUAUGCUUGUUUAAUGAAAGGAGGAUCGAACUAUUUGGUAUUCGAAUACAUGUCGAAUGGCAACGUGUAUGAAGCACUCCGGCGAGAGAACAAAGGUGGAAAGCCAGAAUUGGAUUGGUACCUAAGAUAUAAAAUUGCAUUAGGAUCUGCUAAAGGAAUCUCUUAUCUGCAUCAUGAUUGUUCACCUCCUAUCAUUCAUAGGGAUAUCAAAUCCUGCAACAUUCUUCUAGAUGAGGAUUACGAACCAAAAAUUGCUGAUUUUGGUGUUGCAAAGGUUGCUGAAAAACUCCUCAAGGGAUCUGAGUACAGCAGCUUUGCUGGCACCCAUGGUUAUAUUGCUCCUGAACUGGCAUAUACUGUAAGAGUGACAGAGAAGAGUGAUGUGUAUAGUUUUGGAGUGGUACUACUGGAACUGGUAACAGGUAAAGGAUCGAUUGAAGAAGAGUAUGGGGAAGGGAAAGAUGUAGUGCACUGGGUUUUAAGCCAUCUGGGUGAUGACGAAAAUGUCGUGAAGGCUCUGGAUGAUCGAGUGGCGGCCGAGAGUGCUCGAGACGACAUGAUUAAGGUGUUGAAGAUUGGGAUCCUGUGCACAGCCAAGCUUCCGAAUCUGCGGCCUUCAAUGAGAGAAGUGGUGAAGAUGCUUACGGAUGCUUCUUGCAGUUCCAUUUCAGCAGGCAAAUUUGGUGACGGUUUUCUCUAGUGUUUUUGAAAUGUUUGUACCAACGUAUCUAUGUAUUAUAAAGGGUUUCCAAUUCGGACAAAUAUAUAAGGCUUUGCGGUUCUGGAAAUCAUCUUUUGUGCUUCAAAUCAAAUCAAAAGGAGUAGAAUAUUUUCGUUU